GAGCGGCGGGGCGCGGCCGACUCCCUCCGCGAGCCCCGGAACCAAGACCCCCGCCGCGCCGCCGCUAUGUACGACCCCGAGCGCGGAUGGAGCCUGUCCUUCUCGGGAUGCGGCUUCCUGGGCUUCUACCACAUCGGGGCGACCCGCUGCCUGAGCGAGCACGCCCCGCACCUCAUCCGCGACGCGCGCAUGCUGUUCGGCUCCUCGGCCGGGGCGCUGCACGCCGUCGUCUUUCUCUCCGGGAUCUCCCUCGACCUCCUCAUGCAGAUCCUUGUGGACAUUGUCCAGAGCGCCAGGAGCCGGAACAUUGGCAUCCUCCACCCCUCCUUCAACUUGGGCAGGCACAUCCAAAAAAGUCUUCAGCGACACCUCCCAGACAACAUCCACAGGCUCAUCUCUGGCAAAAUGUGCAUUUCGCUCACCAGGGUGUCCGAUGGGGAAAAUGUGCUGGUGUCUGAUUUUCAGUCCAAAGAUGAAGUUGUGGACGCCUUGCUCUGUUCCAGCUUCAUCCCUUUCUUCUGCGGCAUAAUCCCUCCUUCCUUCAGAGGCGUGCGAUACAUGGAUGGAGGAGCAAGUGACAAUGUCCCCUUCUUUGAUGCCAAAACGACCAUCACUGUGUCCCCCUUCUAUGGGGAGUAUGACAUCUGCCCUAAAGUCACGUCGACGAACUUUCUUCACGUAGACCUAACCAAGCUCAGUUUGCGCCUCUGCUCUGAGAAUGCCUACCUACUAAUGCGAGCACUGUUCCCUCCGGAUCUCAAGGUGCUUGGCGAGAUAUGCCUUCGCGGGUACUUAGACGCCUUGAGGUUCUUGGAGGAGAACGGCAUCUGCAACAGGCCCCAUCCAUGCCUGAAUUUACCCUCAGCGGAGUUGAAGAUCCUUAAAUUCACCUGGGGACACAGGAGCCUGGAAUCUCCCCCGAGGGCGGCUGCAGGGCGGAUGAAGCCUAAGGGAGACGAGCUGCUGGACCACCUGCGUCUCAGCAUCUUGCCCUGGGAUGAGAGCAUCUUGGACACACUGUCGCCCAAGCUCACGGCAGCACUGAGUAAAGCAGUUAAAAACCAACGUGGAUACAUGAGCAAGAUUUGCAACUUCUUACCGAUUAAGGUAAUGUCAUACAUGGUGCUUCCUUGCACACUGCCCGUGGAGUCUGCCAUCGCCAUGGUCCAGAGACUGGUGAUGUGGCUUCCAGAUAUGCCUGAGGACAUCCGGUGGCUGCAGUGGCUCACCUCGAGUGUGUGUUCUCAAGUGAUGACACAGCUCUUCCCCAUCUCCAGAUCCCAGACACCAGCAAGCGGCCAACAGCCUUCCCCGAGGGACAUGAAGGCACUGCUACCUUCCCUGCUGUCCAAUAGGGGCCGGAGCUGAGGCUGCUCGGCAAACCUGUCCUCCUGUCUGGCCUGGCUUUUGGGGGCUGGGGCUGGGAGGGACUCCUCCUUUCCCAGUCCUCGUGCAGAAGCGUUCAUGAGGAGACAAGUUUCGGACAUUCUUUCGCAGGUACUUCCCGAUCGCUCUGUAGCUACGUCCGCACUGGCAUUCAAUGCCCCGAUGUCUGUGACA